AUGGCUUUCUCCUUUUUCAAACCAACUACUACUAUCAUACGAACCUUUAAACCUUUUACAUCAUUUUUCAAAAGUUCAUCGAGAUGUCAAAAUUUUCUUUUUCAAGCUCGUCAUUAUACAGCUCGCAAACCUAAAAAAAUUUCACCACUUGCGGCACCUGUUUAUGGUGAAAAAAAAUUAGAUGAUAAUAGUCUGUUUAUUUCUCGUGUCCCAUUGACUCCUCCAAAAAUUACUGUUGAUCAAUUACCACCACCACUUAGACCCAUUAAAGAACAAAGAAAACGUAAACACACUGAAGAGCAAAUCGAAGAAAUGAGACGAUUGAGAGCAUCAGAUCCAGCGAAAUAUAGUUUAAGUGUGUUAAGUAAGAUGUUUGAUUGUCCAUCACAUAUCGUUGCUCAAUUUGCGCCUUUGCCUCUAGAAAGAAAAGCAAUUCUUGAGGCUAGGAAAGAAUAUCUUUAUAGUAAGAUGGGAUGGAAAAAGAGAGUUAUUAGAGCAGAGAGAAUUAGAAGAAGAGCUUUGUGUAACGAUAAUCAUUCAAUUGAUCAAAAAGAAAAGCAUCCUUCUGUAAAGGAAAAAGUUCAAGACGCAGUUCAUGUUACCGCACAAAAAUUACAUUUAGAACCAAAGAAAAAAAAGCCUGAUCCUAAGACUGAACGUGAUUCUCGAUCGAAUGUAAAGGAAAAAAUUCAAGACGCAAUUCACGUUACCGCACAAAAAUUAAAUUUGGAACCAAGGGAAAGAAAUCCCGAGGCUGCGCAUCAAAAUGCAAAAACUAAUCCCGAAUAA